UGGCUCAAAGGAAAUCUCAAGAAGAAACGUUAGAAUCAACUAUCGAACAUCUGCUUAAGCUAAAACCUCCCUUUAACGUUAAUAAUUCUGAGAAAGUAAAAAAUUUAAAGAUUGUUGAUAAAGAACACCAAGCUAUGUUCAAAAAAUCUCGUGUUGUUCAGUACAAUAUCUCUUAUGGAUACAAACGCAAAAUUCAAACCAUAUCGCAAGUGAACAACAUGAAGUUUCUACAAAUAAAUUCACUAAAUGUGCAGAAAGUAAAAAAAGAAAAGGAGGACAACUUAUCAUCACGAAUUCCGCAUAAGUUUUCAUUCUCGGCAUCCAAACAAGAUUCAUAUGUGAAACCAAUAUUAGAAAAUGUCGAGAAAGCGCUUUUUAGAUUUGUUGUAAAGAAUCGUGACUACAUUCCUUCCGACACGGAUUCAGAUAUAUCAGUGCUUUCAACCUUGGCAUUAGAAUUAGUUGAUUUUCUUGGUGACGAAGAUGCAUUUGAGUCAUUGUUGAUGAUAAAACGGAAUCUGAGUUCUGAACUCGCGGAACAAUAUGCUUUACUAAUGAAGAGAAAACACGAAAAUAAUGAGGAUGAAUUACAAGAGAGAAAGAGACAUAUAACCGAUGAAGAACUCGGAGAGUUAAUUGAUUUCGCUCUAAACAUAGUAAAUAAACUUGAGUCAGAAAAUAAAGAACAUUUAAAUCAAAUUGUGCGACUUUGCGGUAGAUAA